GGACUUUCCUUGGUGUCUUCCUUUGGCAUUAUCGAUUGUCGUAGGACUCCUCUCCUCGUGCGAGGUUAGAGACCGAGUCGCAGUGGUUCCCACUAGCACAGCAGAGUAGCGAUGGUCCGUGGAGCAGCCAAGCAGCAAGCGAGGGAGCGGAACCAGAAGCAGGCGGCUUCGCACUCUAAGGGAGGUUCGCAGCUUAAGGCUCGGGCUGAGGGCUUGAAGAUUACAUGCCCAAGCUGUAAGGGACCGAUGCCUAGUUACAAGAUCUUAGUUCAGCAUAUGGAGUCGAAGCAUCCAGGCAUAUCGGUACCGGCUGAAAGCUCCUUUGUUAAGUAGAUAGACGCGACGAGGUCAACAAACAGCCGAGUAGAGGGGGAGGCCCAUAAAAUUCUUAAAAAAAGACUGGUGGAAUAGAUUCCUGACUGAGGGAGGACUCAACAUCAUAAUCCAAGCAUUUGGAGAUCUUUCCGCUAACCUGAGGACAAUUUAUCCAUUCCCCUCGGAGCAGCCGGGGCUGUUAGUAUCCAAUGUACAAUCAUAAUCAUGUUGCGGAUGCUGGGCUGUGGACUGGACAUCUACACCAUCAAACCAUC